UGGGGCGGAACGUUCGCGCGGCGAGGGCGGGCGCACGAGGCAAGGUUUUGCCGUAACGCCGCGGCCGGCCUCUGUGGGAGUCGCGGCUGGGGGUUGCGCGUCGUCGGCUCCGGCUCCGGCUCCGGCUCCGGCUCCGGCUCCGGCUCCGGGUGCGCGCGCCGUCUUCCCACCCGCAGACCGACUUCCGCCCGGCCCCGCCCAGCGCGAGGGGCGCGCGGCCUCCCGGAGCCCCCGGAGACUUGGACCGCUGAGCGGGAGGAGGCGGCGGGAGCGCGAGCUCCGACCAGCGUCUCGGCGGCGCCGCGGGAUUGAACAGGAAGAACUCUGAGUUCCGUCCUGCAGUGGGAGAUUGAGAAAGGAAGUCUGUGGCCUCCUGAGCUCUGUGACUCCAGAGGUUGAAUCCGGAGCAUCUUUCCUGUGAGAGGUUCCCAAGCUUUCAAAACUCGGGUACUAAUAAAAGAACUUUCAUCUGGGAAGUAGAAGUCGCUUCUGACCGAUUGCUUCUGAAUCUCUUUAGGAUUCACAGAUGGAUUCCGUGGAAAAGACAACAAACAGAAGUGAACAAAAAUCAAGUAGAAAGUUUUUAAAAAGCCUCAUCCGGAAACAGCCCCAGGAACUGCUCCUGGUCAUUGGGACGGGAGUCAGUGCCGCCGUGGCCCCAGGGAUCCCCGCCCUGUGCUCGUGGAGGAGCUGCAUCGAGGCCAUCAUCGAGGCCGCGGAGCAGCUCGAGGUGCUGCACCCCGGGGAUGUGGCCGAGUUCCGCAGGAAGGUGACCAAGGACGGGGACCUGCUGGUUGUCGCCCAUGACCUGAUCCGGAAGAUGUCCCCUCGCACGGGCGACACCAAGCCCAACUUCUUCCAGGACUGCCUGCUGGAGGUCUUCGACAACCUGGAGCAGCACAUCCAGAGCCCGCUGGUGCUGCAGUCCAUCCUAAGCCUGAUGGAGAGGGGCACCAUGGUGCUGACCACCAACUACGACAACCUGCUGGAGCUCUUCGGGCAGCAGCACGACAAGCCCAUGGAGUCUUUGGAUUUGAAGGACAAGAGCAAGGUCCUUCAGUGGGCUAGAGGACACAUGAAGUACGGAGUUCUUCACAUUCACGGCUUAUACACAGACCCCUGCGGGAUGGUGUUGGACCCAUCGGGAUACAAAGACGUUACUCAAGACCCAGAAGUCAUGGAAGUCCUUCAGAACUUGUACCGCACCAAAUCUUUUCUGUUUGUGGGCUGCGGAGAGACCCUUCGUGACCAGAUAUUCCAGGCCCUCUUCCUUUAUUCGGUGCCGGACAGGGUGGCUUUGGAGCACUACAUGGCUGUGCCCAAGGAGAGCGAAGACCAUUUCUUUAAGCAUCAGGCGGACAUGCUUCUGCAUGGGGUCAAGGUCGUGUCCUACGGGGACUGUUUUGACUGUUUUCCGGGGUACGUGCAAGACCUUGCCACUCAGAUCUGCAAACGGCGAAGUCCAGAUGCCGAUCGAGUGGACAGCACCACGUGGUUCGGUAAAGCAGAUCUUGGUUUUGCCAGCCUGUUUUUUGCCUACAUGUUCCAGUGUUUUCCUGCUCUUACUUCUAAAAUCAUAGCUGUGUUUCUCACAUUGAAUACUUAGCCCGUGUUGUGUCAAGACAUCCCCGCCAGAGAUGAUAGGUGGCAACACUUGCGUGACGGUCCCUUGAACUGGGAAGCAGCUCUGUCAAACGUGGGCCAUCCACUGGUGCCAGGAAUAAUUUCCUGUCCUGGAACCAAGAGUCCGGGGGAAUUAGAACAAGAGUCUAUUUGUAUCAUACCAUUGGGUCUAAGAUGUAGUUAAUUUUUUUUUUUUUUUAAACAUCUUUAUUGAAGUAUAAUUGCUUUACAAUGGUGUGUUAGUUUCUGCUGUAUAAUGAAGUGAAUCAGCUCCAUGUAUACACAUACCCCCUCCCUCCUGGGCCUCCCUCGCCCCCGCCCCCCGCCCUAGGUCGUCACAGAGCACGGAGCUGGGCUCCCUGUGCUGUACCGCAGGGUUCCCGCUAGCUCUCUGUUUUACACAUGGUAGUGUAUAAUUUGACCCAUCCCCUUCAGAGAUUUUAAUUGCAAAGGUUCUAAGCAUUGGUGUAAAAUUUUCUAUCUACUACGUGGUUGAAAUGUCCAUACUCAUCUUGCAGGGCUCGACUCUGCCCAUUUAUGAGUUACCAGGUACGACGGUGCUCAGAGGCUCCCGGCGUCCACCCUGGGGUGAACUUAGUGCCAGGUUUCCCCACGCUGGUCAGUCAGUUGGGUUAGAAGGGGCUCUGGUCAGUGGAGCCGGGGGCCUUGCAGCCCCGGUUUCCCUGCCCCUCUCAGCAGAGCCACAGAUAGAAACUUGGUAGUGCUGCACGGGCUUCAGUUAAGGAAUCGUGAAACAGGCGCGCUCAGCUUUCCGUUUCUCCCUUAUCUCCGUGGGAAAGGACACAUUUAUUUUAGCUGUGUUCUCUGACUCCCAGAGUCAUCCAUUUCUCUUGAAAAAAGCAUUAACUUGAUAGACAUCUGUAGCAUAUGGUAGGGAUUAGUUGGUCAGUGCUUCAGUAAAAUCAGAUAAGUGUUUUUUAAAUUAAAACAAUUUUUUAAAUUGAAGUAUAGUUGCUGUACAAUGUUAUAUGUUACAGGUGUACGAUAUAGUGAUUCACAAUUUUUAAAGGUUAUAUACUCCAUUUAUAGUUAUUAUAAAAUACUGGCUAUUUUCCCUGUGUCGUACAAUAUACCCUUGUAGCUUAUUUUACACCUCAUAGUUUUUACCUCUUAAUCUUCUACUCCUAUGUUGCCCCUCCCCCCUUCCCUCUCCCCACUGGUAACCACUGGUUUGUUCUCUAUAUCUGUGAGUCUGCUUUUGUUACAUUACUAGUUUGUUAUAUUUUUUAGAUUCCACGUGUAAGUGAUACCAUGCAGUCUUUGCCUGACUUACGUCACUUAGCAUAAUGCCCUUCAAGUCCAUCCAUGUUGCUGCAAAUGGCAAAAUUUUGUUCUUUUUUUAUGGCUGAGUAGUAUUCCAUUGUAUUCCAAGAUGUAUUCCACAUCUUCCUUAUCCGUUCAUCGGUUGAUGGACACUUGCACUUACUUCCAUAUCUUGGCAAUUGAAAUCAUGCUGCUAUGAACACUGGGGUGCAUGUAUCUUUUCCAAUUAGAGUUUUUGUUUUUUUCCGAUACAUACCCAGGAGUGGGAUUGCUGGAUCAUAUGGUAAUUCUAUUUUUAGUUUUUUGAGAAACCUCCAUACUGUUUUCCACAGUGGCUGCACCAGUUUACAUUCCCACCAACAGUGUACAAGGGUUCCCUUUUCUCCACAUCCUUGCCAACAUUUGUUGUUUAUGUUCUUUUUGAUGAUAGCCAUUC